AUGCCUGACAUUGCUGUGGAGGACGCCUCUUUACCCGAUUCUCCUACUGUCCAGGAAGAGUACCUUACUCAUGCUUUUCCAGAUGGACCAACUGAUCCAUCAAUACUGCGGAGUUUUAAUAGUCAUGUUGCUGCAGUUAUUUGGCACGGGGAGUUAGCUUGUUGCACUUAUCGGUUCGUCAACAAGCUUCUAAUCUCCAGUUUUGUUGAGAGAUGGCAACCUGAGACUAACACAUUUCACAUGACAGUUGGUGAGAUGGCGUUAACUUUGGAUGAUGUUGGCAAUAUUCUUAGCCUUCCCAUUGUAGGCAGAUCAGUCAGCGUACCAGAUGUGACGGAUCAUCAUGGACUUACACUAGUAGUUUCUAGCUUGGGGAUUACUGAACGUGUAGCACAUGACGAGAUUUCUACUGCUGGUGGCAAUUCAGUCUGGCUUGAGUGGUUGCGAAGUCAGUUUGCUGGUGUCACAGAUUCAGACCCCGAGGAGGCUAUAUAUGACAAGAGUGGCGACAGGGUUCCUGUUGUUUACCUUGGCCUAUUAAUGGAUUUGGGAUCCAUUCAUACUUACGCCUGGGGUGCUGCUACAUUAGCAUUUUUAUACAGACAAUUGGGAUAUGCUAGCCGGUCCGAGGUUAAGCAGAUGGGUGGUUAUAUGACUCUUUUGGAGGCGUGGAUUUAUGAGCACUUCCAAGCAUUCCGACCUCACCAGAACAUGGGCUACAAUGAAGACAUGCCACAUGUGUACCAUUGGGCAUCUAAGAGAGAGGCGGGUUCCUCCAUUGAUCAUUUGAAAUCUUUUCGAGCCGAGCUUGACAGUUUGGUAGCGACUGAUGUUAUUUGGGAUCCAUACCACAGCUGCAGAGACCGGCAUCCAUGUAACCCGGUUACGUUCUACCAUGGAUGCUUAAAGUGCUUAGACGUGGUCGAACCCUAUCAUCUAAAUAGAGUUCUGAGGCAGUUUGGCAGGGUUCAAACCAUCCCAGAUGCACCGCUAGCUCCCAGUCGUGGUGCUCAAGGCAACAUAUCUACACGAUAUACAGUCAUGCAUAGAUACUUGGAUAGGAUCUGGGAGGCUUGGGAUAACCACGUGUUAUCUGAGCAACGGAGGAGCACACCAGUUCGUUAG